AUGAAAGAAAAAAAAAAAAAAAAAAAUGAAGAAAUUGACAACUCCCUGUUUACUGUUUCUCGUUAUAUUCCUGAUGGAGAAUUUACUGAAGAUGAUUUUACAAAAGUGGUAGAAAAGAAGAAGGAAGAAAAUGACAAGGAGGAAAAGGAAGAAAAGGAAGAAAAAAAAAAAAAGGAAAAGAAGGAAGAAAAUAUUAACAAAACUAGCCAAAACAAUUUUACAAAUGUAAAUAAUUUAGAUAUAAUUGAUGAACAAGCAUGGUUUAAUAAUUUAAUCAAAAAUACUGAUCAACAAGAUCUUAGUGAAAAUUCAUAUGACUCAGAAUAUGACGAAAAUAUUAUUAUAAAUUCAGAUAACAUUUUUAAAAAUAUAUAUCCUUUUUUUAAAACAGAAGAAGAUCCUAAUUAUUUUCUUGAGAAAAAGGAGUUGCACACAUUUAUAAAACAAAACCGGUUAAAUUGA